CCUCCUUCCUUCCUUCCCCCUCCUUCCCCAGCGAGCCUGCCACAGUUUCACUCCACUUCCACGGUUUCCGCCGGGCGAGCCACCGAAAUCCAAGGUCGGGCUAGGGCUUUUGCGCAGCGCGCGCCAAGUCCUGCGAUUUCCAGGGUUCUACCCCCGCCGGGAGUUCCAGCUUCGCGUCUUGGUCGGAGCUUAACUGCUCGAACAAGCGCGCGAUCCGGCGGCGCCGCCGGACCGUCCGAGGAAAUGCAGGCUCCACGGGCUCCAGUCCUCGUGCAAAACGAGAACUUGCCCAUCUUCCGAGGCGUUGAUGGGAAGAAGGCCGGAGUGGCGCGCGGGCAUGCGGCGAGGGCGGGGCGGAGAGCCCUGGGAGACCUCGGUAGAGCCGGCAAAGCCCCGCCGGCCGGCGCCUCCAGGAAGGCCGCAGCAGCAGCAGCAGCAGUGAGCGUGCAGGGGUCGAAGGGCGUGGCGAAACCGAGCUCUCUGAGUGACGGGGACUGGGUGAAAUGCUGCGAGUGGGCUAAGGGUGGCAUUGAGACUGCGAGUUUCACCGGGAAUGAUAUGCAGAGACUGAUGGCAGACGAGCGUGAAGAGCGCAUACGAAAGAAGGUGGAGAAGGCAAUGAGCACUUUGCAAGUCUCCAUGGACAGUAUUUAUGACAUCGAUGAACCAUCAAAGAUAUCCAUGGACGAUCCAGAUGAUGAAACAACAUUGGAGCUUGACCCUGAGAUUCUUCCUCCAAUGUCGCAUUUAAGCUCAAGACUAGGUGAGCAUGAUGGCAACUAUCUCCUUCCUGAUUUAGAAUUUGAGUAUGAAGCUUUCUCUGGUUGCAAUUUCGAACUGAAGCUCAAGGAUGGUUACGGAAAUGAUAGUUCUUCUAAAUCAACAAUAUUACUCCGUUGAGGUUUCAUCGUUCAGUGUACUGGUUAUCUUGUCAAACUGUUGUAGUAUGUUUAGUUAUACUGCAAGGUAUAUGUUGCUGGCAUGCCCUAUCUUAUCUUGUCCAGAUCUUAUAGGCAGUCACAUCAUACAUGCAGUUCAUAUGUGCCCCGUGUUGUUAGGCUCUUCUGGUUGUAGUAUAUGUAACACUAAUGGUAAAUUAAUAAUUGUUGUCACUUACUACUACCUCUGUAUCAUAAUCAAAUUGAACUGCAAAGACGUCUUAUAUUAUGGUACGGAGGGAGUAUUUGCAAAUC